CUUCUAGCCGUUUGGAGGUAGCAGCGAGGAGCGGUAUACUGCUGUUUCCCGCGGGCUGAGUAUUUCCGCGCUAAAAAUAGUACGCGGAGUCCAGCACACGCUGUCUGCAGCCUGGACUUUCUGUAGACCGCUCGGCGAGUUCCUGGACUGUAGUUGUGAACCGCCCUUAACACCUCUACCACUCUUACCAUGGAUGAUCUGCCACCAGAACAGAUUUCAGUACUGAGGAAGGCUUUUGAUGCCUUCGACCGAGAGAGGUCUGGAAGUAUCCCAACAGACAUGGUUGCAGACAUCCUGAGGUUGAUGGGACAACCCUUCAACAAGAAGAUCCUUGACGAACUCAUAGAGGAGGUGGAUGCAGAUAAAUCUGGAAGACUGGAAUUUGACGAAUUCGUUACAUUAGCAGCUAAGUUCAUCGUUGAAGAAGACGACGAGGCAAUGCAGAAAGAGCUGAGAGAGGCUUUCAGACUUUACGACAAAGAAGGUAAUGGCUACAUCCCCACAUUCUGUCUGAAAGAGAUCCUGAGAGAGCUGGAUGACCAGUUGACCAACGAGGAACUGGACAUGAUGAUUGACGAGAUCGACUCAGACGGAUCAGGCACAGUUGACUUCGAUGAAUUCAUGGAGAUGAUGACUGGAGAAUAAUACUGACUUGUUCUUCUUCUUCUUCACAAUGAAUCUCGUUUGUGUUCCUCUUUUAUACUACAAUUCUACAAGACUACUUUAUCAUCAAAAACAGCAUUUUCUAAUUUGUUUUUGUGUUAUUUAUAAAUAAAUAUUCAACUGUUAAACUA